AUGGAUUCGCACUGGUUUUCAACACUUUUUGAAGGGGAUUAUGAUGACGUACUGAAUAACGUUGCCGAUUAUGUUAAUUAUGGUCAUUCUUCUGUAAACGAUGGAGAUUGUAGUGGUAAUUACAGUUCUGAUAAUGACGACAACGACGACGACAAUGAUGAUUCAGAUGAAGAAGAUGAGUUGUUUUGGGAAAGGGAGUUCGAUGAGCAGAAAUUGAUUUUAUGCACGGCAGCUUUGGGUGCUUCCAACAGGGAAGUUCAGGAGAGAUUCCAACAUUCAGGAGAAACAAUUAGCAGGUACUUUAGUGAGGUUCUUAGAUCAGUUUGUUCGCUCGCUACAGAUUUAAUUCAACCUGCAGAUUCCGGGUUCGUAAACACACCGAGGGAAAUUGUGAACAAUCCGAGGUAUAUGCCACAUUUCAAGAAUUGUGUAGGAGCUAUUGACGGUACACAUGUCCGUUCAUGUGUUUCUUUUGAAAAGCAAAUCCCAUUUAUCGGCCGAAAAGGGAAAUACUACUUGGUUGAUUCGGGAUAUCCUAAUGAAUAUGGAUUUUUAGGUCCAUAUAGAGGUCAGAGAUAUCAUUUGCAAGAAUUUAGGAGGCGAGGACAACCACAAACUCGUGAAGAAAUUUUCAACCGUAUGCACUCUUCAUUACGUUGUGUGAUAGAACGAACAUUUGGAGUUUGGAAAAAAAGAUGGCGAAUCCUACAGAAUAUGUCGGCCUAUAAUUACAAGGCACAAGUUAGAAUUGUUGUCGCAUCCAUGGCAAUUCAUAAUUACAUUAGAAGAACUUCAAUGCAAGAUGUGGCAUUUAUGGAGUUCGAUCGCCAUCCUGAUUUUGUACCCGAUGAUUUUCUACCUGAUGUGGCUUCACUUUCACAAAGUCAAGGACACCAAAGGUCUUCACGAAUGGAUUACAGAAAAAUCCUCAUUAGGCGCCACAAGGUGUCAAGUGAUCAUCAAAUCAGAGUCUUUGGCUACAGGAAAGGUGCCCUCUUUUCUCUUAGCGUUUCUUCUCCAAGCUCAAAGAUUAAACCAAGGGGAGGAGAAAAUAUGUGCAGCAAAAGCAGCCUUACUAGACAAAGAAAAAAAGCAGCAAAAGAAGAAGCAAGAGUACUAAUCCCAGCACGAAAAACCAGAAGUAAAACAAGAAAGCCUAAAUAUCUCUCUCUUAAACUUGAGCUAUCUCCCAAAACAAAAACCCCACAGAAAUCCAAAACCCAAAUGACCCACAGCAAACAACUGAAAAAUCUAUUCCCUCUCCAUCCAGAAAAUAUCGUCCAACAAUACAAAGACAUGCAUGAGCAUGAUCAAGUUGCCUUUCUCUUGGAAACAGCCAGUACUGACGAUACCUCCACCACUCUCCAAGGCCUCCUUGACACCACCACCUCAGAGGAUGGCCCACUUAGCUGCUAUAUUGAGAUUGAUCAAGAGAGAUGUGAUCAUGGGCGAGCCAGCUUGCUGGAAAGGACAGCAAUGAAGUGUAAAGAGAGAGACUUGAGUGAUGAGAGGUGGGUGAGUUACUGGGAGGUGGUGGAGAAGAAAGAGCAAGAAGAGGUGAGCAGCUCUUCUUGUAAUGGUGUUGCUGAUACGCCGGGGAAGACGCUGCAGGCUCAAGAUGAUAACAAAAAUGGUUUGGUUGGCCUGAAGCUCGAUUAUCAAGAGAUAUUAAAUGCUUGGUCUGAUAAAGGCCCUCUUUACAUCGAAGGAGAGUCCCCACAAACUGUUCCAGAUAUCUAUGACGGUUCCAAUCAAUUAAUGGACGAGUGGGGGAGUUUAUGGAGGGUGCCAGACAUGUGUGGCUCGAAAACGAAGGAAGGGAAAGAGAUUUGGAAGUCGGGGCAAAGAGAGGCAAGUGUGUUAAGGUACAAGGAGAAGAGACAGAACAGGCUUUUUGCUAAGAGAAUUCGUUAUGAAGUUCGGAAGCUCAACGCAGAGAAACGUCCCAGGUUGAAGGGUCGAUUUGUGAAGAGAAGCUGGGAAAUGUAAUUUUUUUGGACAUCACUAAUUAUGAAGAGCAUCAUCAUCUGUAGAGGGGUUUGAAAUUGGAAUUAGUCAUUUGUCUUCUUUUUUCUUAUAUUUUGUUUGUGAUACAAAAAUACUGGGCGCACCGCUCAUAUGCAUGAAAUUUAGGGAAGUAAAAUAAGUGCAGAAAUAAAGCAGAAAACAGAAAUAAAGAAAAAAAAUUGAAAAAUGCUGUAGAGGCAUUGAUUA